AUGGAGGAGAGGUAUGAGGCAAUGAAGGAUCUUGGCUCUGGGAAUUUUGGAGUGGCAAGGCUGGUCAGAGAUAAGAAGACAAAGGAGCUUGUUGCUGUCAAAUACAUAGAGAGGGGGAAAAAGAUUGAUGAGAAUGUUCAGAGGGAAAUAAUAAAUCACAGAUCGUUGAGGCAUCCAAAUAUUGUCAGGUUCAAAGAGCUCUUGCUGACUCCAAGUCAUUUAGCAAUUGUCAUGGAAUAUGCAGCUGGCGGUGAACUUUUUGAGAGGAUAUGCACUGCUGGUAGAUUUAGUGAAGACGAGGCAAGGUUUUUCUUCCAACAGCUGAUAUCCGGAGUCAGUUAUUGUCAUGCCAUGGAAAUUUGUCACAGGGAUCUGAAACUGGAAAACACACUCUUGGAUGGAAGUGCUUCACCACGUCUUAAAAUAUGCGACUUUGGUUACUCCAAGUCUGCUAUAUUACACUCACAGCCAAAAUCAACUGUUGGAACACCUGCAUACAUUGCUCCGGAGGUUCUGUCACGGAAGGAAUAUGAUGGAAAGAUUGCAGAUGUUUGGUCCUGUGGUGUGACGUUAUACGUGAUGUUGGUGGGAGAAUAUCCCUUUGAGGAUCCUGAAGAUCCUAGAAACUUUCGUAAGACCAUUGAGAAAAUUAUGAGUGCCCAGUACACCAUACCCGACUAUGUACGUGUUUCUGCAGACUGCAAGCAACUACUUUCUCGUAUUUUUGUUGCCAACCCUUCUAAGAGGAUCAGUCUUCCUGAGAUAAAAAAGCACCCUUGGUUUCUGAAAAAUCUGCCGAAAGAGCUAAUUGAGGUCGAGAGAACAAACUACGCGGUAGUGGAGCGUGACCAGCCUAAACAGAGCAUUGAAGAAAUAAAUAAGAUCAUAUGCGAGGCAAGGACACCAGGGGAAGGUGGAUCCAAAGCAGGAGGUCAAGCCGUUGCUGGGCCGUCCGACUCUGGUGAUCUAGAGACUGAUUUGGACUCCGAAGUCGAUGUCAGUUGUGGCUUUUCAGGCUAUCCGUGA